UGUUUUUUAUGAAAACAGAAUCCAUUGGCUUUUGUAACAGGGUAUUUUGAUCCUUUUGUUUCUUCACGGCGCAUGUGGCAGCUAGCUUACAUUGAACAGUGGUCAUCACAAAUUGCGUCAUCACCAUCUUGGAUAUCCGUGACUCCGCUUAAUCCCUCAGGACCGUUAACAUAGCCUUCUCUGACUCCAUUUUCCUAACUGAUACAGAGGUCCUCACGGAAGAAACCUGAACUGAUCAUCCUUGGAUGAGCUCAGGUUGUCUUUCUUUCUCCUCUCAUCUUGAGCCUUGGGCUGGCAGGCCCUUCCUCCCAUCUCCAAACACGAGUUGCUACCACAAUACAGAGAACUCGCCGAAGGUUACAAAGCCCCUUAAGUUUGUUCCGAAAAAAUGACAUGAUUUUGAUUUCUUCUAUAGAAAUCAGGCCGUGCGUCGGAAAUAUGUCUAUUCAGAUCUGGGUGCACAAGUUAAGGUGAAAGACUCGCUGGAGUAGUCAGGUCAGGCAGGUAGACAGGCCCUAAUCUUGGUAAAACGCGCAUUGACGCGUAACUGGUAAUUGACGUAAAGGAUUUCCUUAGGGUGGGCGCAGACCACACGUGAGUUGCUUCUCCGACGGUGACCUCCUACAAGCCAAUCCAAUCUCCCACAAGCCCGAGCUGGAGCGCUUUCAGGUCUCACAUCUCAAAUCUAAUCAGACUAUGUAGAAGUGUCAGGUUUCAAACUCUUUCCAGAUUAUGCAGGAGCUUCUUGUGGAAUCUCUCGGUACUUACGUAGUGUGAGUUAGCUAGACCUCCACCAGCCCCACCAUUAGCUUGUCAGAUGUCAUCUUGCACAUACAGCAUGAAGCAGAGUGAAAUGCAAAACAAGCCGUCAAGAUUGUGCGCAUACGGGUGAACGUCGAUAAAUCUGCAGAUGUGAAUAGUGCCAAGGAGACAACACACUCUCUUCAGUUUUGAAAGGUUCGACGUGGUGUUGAGGUCUUGACGGAAUUCCUCAAACCACGGUGCUGCCAAAGAGUCAACCAGUCAGCCCCUUCCAAAGUCCCGUGAACUGCGUGACCAGAAUUGAUCUGCUUAGGCGAGGAACAUGAUAGAAUGAACAGCGAGCUCUCUCUGGUUCGGAAAGAGUUACAAUAAAGUGCAGGCACGUAUUACCUUAGAAACGCAGGCGUCAUUCUGCAAGAUGAGAGAACCAAAACAUUGUAAUGACUUUUGAAGAUCGUGUAUGCAGUCUCAGAACUUGAUAUAGCAACUUGGGAGAACGGAAAAGUGGAAUUGUCAUCUGCUCUGAAGUCGAUCACAGGGCGUAUUUCGCAGAUAUUUUUGUUAGCAGGUUAUCUACAGUCCUGUCAGAAACUUUCUCCAACAUUUCGAACUCGUACAGGACGACGACGUCAUGAACAUCCCUAUGACACUGUCUUGCUCUUCCAGCUGCGAGUUUGGUCAUGAUGAACGUGGAGAUGGCUUGCAUGCUUCAUUACAGAAAGAUAAUUACGCCACCAUAGAUGGUGAACAGGUCAAGGCAAGGAGAGAAGCUCGCAUAGAGCACACUGGCAUUUGCACUCUACGUGAAGAGAUAAAUCCUUCUUCCCAAAGGCGGAAGCAAAGGAUUACAUCGCCAUCAUUAUCUUCAGAAGAAUUCAAACCCACGGUUAGCUCUAAAAGGUCUUAUUCUAGCCUGGAUGAAGCGGAACAAUCACUCGUGAGCUCGCCAUUUAGUAGAGUGCAGAAAGUCGCAAACAGCACUAAGGCUUUACUCGACGCAGAGGAGAGCCCACUAGUUCGGAAGGCUCGUGUCUGUGUUCGCACCCGCUCUGAUUCCCAAACGAAGGGCGAUGGCUGCCAUUGGAGAAAGUAUGGUCAGAAAAUGGCGAAGGGGAAUCCGUGUCCUCGGGCUUAUUAUCGCUGCACCUUGCUUCGAGGAUGUCCCGUCCGUAAGCAGGUUCAGAGAUGUGCAGACGACCUUUCUAUUCUAAUUACAACUUACGAAGGUACUCACAACCACCCCAUUCCUGCUGCUGCGGCGUCCAUGGCAUCAACCACCUCCGCAGCCGCAAGUAUGCUUCUCUCUGGCUCCACAACCAGCGAUGUCGCGCGCAUGGCUGGAACAUCAGAGCUUUACCUCCGAGGCAAUACUCUGGGAAUUGGCCCGUCAGUUGAAACCUCCACUUCCGGUUCCUCUACAUCUUUGCCUACCAUCACGCUAGACCUCACUCGGGAUCCCGCCACGCAGCUAAGCCUUCGUCUGGAGGACUCCGGAGACACCCCUUUCAUGCAAAACCACUUUGUAUCAAGCGGCGAAACCAAGAUGUUGGAUCUCACCAUGCCAUUUCAGUCUCAAAAUCGGUGUACCCCUGCGCGAGAUUCACUACCUUUCUCCAGAAGCGCCUACGAUCAAUUGGCAAUGAAACCCAGGACACAAGCAAUUUCAUCGAGCUCCAGUUCCAGCCAAGCAAGACAGCUGCAAAUACAGAAAGAAUUGUCAGCCAAGAUGGCAUCUUUUAUAGAUGGAAAGGAUGGUGCGAAGGAAUUGGAUCCAUUAACUGGCUCAGUUAGCGCUGCCACCGAGGCAAUCACCAAUAACCCCAAACUCAGUGCUGCAUUAGCAGCUGCCAUCAACUCCAUCAUCUCUAAAGAACCUAGUUUAACAUUGCGUAUAGGCCAGUGCAGUUUUCUUUCUACAGGUACGGGGUGCGGUAGAGCUCUCGAUGUAUUUCAGCAGACCAGGUUGGAUUUUCAAGGGACCGUUGGACAACCCUCUGGAGUUUCAGCUUACGAUAAAGCAAUGCCGCAGUUAGAGCUUGCAAUAUCCAACAGCUCAGCAGGUGUUCCAUACUGCACUAGCGACACCUCCAGAAAUGUUAGCAGCUGAAAUUCUGCAUGAAGACAUCAUACAGUACACAGUUGAACAACACGCUUGUUUGUUCGAUUCAAAUCGUGGAGCUGCUGUAG